UUGUCCGUAUAGCUGCGCUGUUGUAGUUGCUUGGCAACCGCAGUAAAACUUCAGCGCGUGUUUACACCGCGAGAGAAAAACAGAAUGAGCGCGGGGCGGAGUGUUGAAGGUGCUGGAUGUGUUACCUGGUGGGGAUUCGGACCUGCACGAGACCUGCUGGGCUCAGAUAUACACACAAUGAAGUCACACGGUGAGCUGAAUAUUUUGCUGGUUGGCAGUGGAGACCCCAGACACAUCCUAAAGACCAUCAGUGGAAUGAGAGAGACUGACAGCUUACAUGUUUGGGUGAUAGAGAACAGCAUGGAGGUUGUUGCCAGACAAUUACUACUGAUCUACCUGUCACUUCUGAACCCCGAGACCAUGAGUUUACACAAGAAGACAGAAGUGUUUCUGGAGAUCUUUGGGAACUCUGAGAUUCGCAGCGAGACGGAAGAGACUUUAAAACACGCUGCAGCUGAACUUUCUCUCUCCAUCACAAACACACUUUCAUCUGACUCAAACACACAUCCCUGCCUUGAUACAAGCCUUCUGAAGUUUAAGGAGAGAGAUGAUUUGCUUCAGAUCUUUAAGUUGUGGGAACGACCCCCUUCUGUGCCGGCGAGCGUACGUAAGGUUUGGGACGCCCGUGUUCGGCAGCACCUGGGAACUCGGUAUGACUCACGACAGGGCUGUUUCGACUGGGAUCUCACUAUGAAACUGCACCAGAGAGGGUGUGAGGUCAUUAACAAACAUCAGUAUGUAAAAUGGAGAGAAAGUGGUGUUGCCUUUGAGAUGAGAGAGGGGUUAUAUCAAACAGCCAAUCAGAGCUUGCUCUCAACACGAGUGUUCAACAAUAGAGGAAACAGGGUUGGAGUAAGAGGAUAUUGGGGUGAUAUCGUCUCCAGUCCAUAUCUGUCCUUCGGCAUAGAGACUGAAGACAAAGACCUGCUAAAGAAACACAACAAUCAGCAUGUAAAGACUGCUCAGGAUAUUUCUGAAGUCAAUGUCCUGGCGUUGUUUGAAUGUCUUGCCAGUAGAUGGCGAUCUCCUCUAAGUAAAGAUGCUUCUAGCACCUCUAGUACCUGUAAUCCAUCAACAGAUGACCCAAUAACAUCAAAGGAGAAAGACACAAAUGAAGCCGUCUCUCAAACUCACACAGAACUGGCACCGCAGAUAUCACAGCCACACGAUUUGAUGAAUUUAAACGGGGUAAAAGUCUCAUUUCUGUCUCCAGACUCUCUCACCAAACUUCCUCUUAAAAAUAGAUACAGAAACCUGUUUAACACCAUCUUCUGUUCAGCCAGUAUGGUUCAUCAGAUUGAUUCAUCUCUGAGACAGAUUGCAGCACCCGAUGCUGUUCUGGUUGUAGAGUUGGCAAACUAUCUGUUGGACCUCUCAAAAGAGCAGGUGUCAGGUUUUGCUGAGAGAGUGAAAGAGAUCGCUGAAGAAUCCGGUUUCACACUGAAACAAAACCAGAGCGAUGAUGUCUAUUCAACAUUUACAUUGAAACAGGACUGAACUGAAGGGUGAAGCCAAAGCACAAGGAAAGAAAGCAAGGAAAGAAAACAAGGAUGUGCAAAUAAAAAUUAUGAAGCAAUCUUUGCACCAUGUCACUGAAUGUACCUGGUAUAUGCUUUUACAGAUGGCACAUAACAGAAAUGUUUAAUAAAAAGAUUGAACAC